AGUUCAGUCAGACUUCAGACUAGUUCAAAGUGAUGAGUGUGGGCGCUGUGGGUUGGUUCGGGUUAUGUUUUGAUUUUUAUAAUAAUAUUUUCACUGAAAACUAGAAGGUUCGUUUACGAAUUUUUGAAUUAAAACCAGGAGCUUAUGACUAGUUGAUACAUUAUCCGUUUGCAAUUGCAAAAACGCCGACUUGACUAAGAAAUACGAAAGACUGAAAUAAGUGCCUUUACGAAAAUGUUUCUGGCACAUCACAGUUUAUUUAUAAAUGCGAUUUUAUUGUGGAACUUCCAGAAUAUAGUUUCAUGUUUCAAUUUCGAAGACAGAGAUCCGUUAGUGAAAAAUUCCCCCUUCAAAGAAAAUGGAUCGUAUUUUGGAUUCAGCAUUGCACAGCACUCUACAAAGGAGAUCAGUGAAAACAUUGGUGACUAUUCGAUUCUCGUUGGCGCCCCCUUAGGAGGGAACCUCCAGCCAGGCACUAACCAUUCGGGGGCUCUUUUUAGAUGUCCCGUUGAUGAGGGAUAUUGUUCUCAAAUUGAAACUGAUGGAAGAAGAGAGGCCGGAGGAAGGUAUAUAUUCGAAGAUUUUGACUACGACGGAGAAGAAGAAGAAAGUUUGUAUCCUCCCGGAUCGGACGAAAUAAAAAACGGACAAUGGUUGGGGGUGACCGUGAAGUCACAGAAACCAGGAGGUAUUGUCAUGGUCUGCGCACACAGGUACAUCCAGAGCCCGAACCUGGGCAAGUUCCAUUACGGUCAAGGGCUCUGUUAUCUGCUCGACAAGGAUCUGUCCAUCUACGAGAGUUUGCAGCUGUGCAAAGGGAGGCCGGUUGAAAAGCUUCAUCAGCAGUUCGGAUUCUGUCAACUGGGCACUAGCGUAUCUUUUGUUGGGGAUCAGUUCGCUCUGAUGGGAGCUCCCGGACCUUACACGUGGAGAGGAACCGUUUUCGGCCAAGUCGUAGUCGGUGACUUUUUAACUAAAGACAAGACAAUUUAUCACGGACCCUUUGGAGAUAUCGACGAGAUUGAAAAAUAUAGUUAUUUGGGAAUGAGUGUCGCUGGCGGACACUUCUUUGACAAAUCAGAGUACACGUAUAUUUCGGGAGCCCCAAGAGCAGAAAUGAAGGGAAAGGUGUACUUUUUUACAAAGUACAACAACGAAGAAUUCAAUAUUUCUUUGAUUAUCACUGGUGAACAGUUUGCAUCCAGUUUUGGGUAUGAGGUACUUGCUGUGGAUGUUAAUAAUGAUGGCUACGACGAUCUGUUGGUAGGCGCUCCGUUUUACUACGGAGAAAACAAGGGAGGCGCCGUUUAUAUUUAUUAUAAUAUGAAGAAUUGCGUGCAGGAGAACUGCACAUGGAACAAAGUCCUCCACGGUACGCAGCAAUCCCGAUUCGGAUUUUCGAUGACAUCCCUAGGAGACAUCAAUAAGGACGGAUACAACGACGUUGCUAUUGGAGCGCCUUACGAUAACGAACGGGGCGCCGUUUACAUAUACUUGGGUUCUCAAAACGGCCUCAACGAAGAACCAUCGCAGGUGAUCAGGAUAUCAACUCUCAAAACUUUCGGUUACUCUUUGAGUGGAGGAAUGGACAUGGAUAAUAACGGAUAUCCAGAUUUGGCUGUCGGAGCAUUCGAAUCGGAGAAGGUUUUGUUAUUCAAAGCGAGACCUAUAAUCGAUAUAAAAAUCGAAAUAAAAAGCAACGAGUUGAAAAAUAUAAACGCUUCCAGAAAAGCAUGCUCUGUGGGCCAGAGUAACUACACUUGUUUUUCCUUCCAGUGUUGCUUUUCCAUAGUCGGUAAACUGAAAAAGACUGAUAACUUCCACGUGAUCUAUAAUAUAGCCGAAGAAAAAAAAUUCAUCAACCGCAUUUGGUUAUUGGACGAAAUGCAUGAAAACAAACACUAUUCAGCCAGGACCAAAACGAUUUCAGUCAGUAGUUACUCAAAACAGUAUUGUCAGAAAGAAGUAGCCUACCUCAAAGAGACCGUCAGUGAUAUUUUAUCGCCGAUUAAGUUUCGAGUGAAUUACACUUUGGAGAAUAAUACAUUUCACAGUGCUAUUUUGAAUAAAACGUCUGUCAAACUUUUCGAGGCAACAUUUCAGAAGGAGUGUGGCGACGACGAUAUUUGCGAAAGUUAUCUCACUCUCAAGGCAGGAACUAAUUUGGAAAGCGAUGGCUUGGGUAAUUACAAAGUGAAGAGCAUUAACGAAGUUUUCGAUGUUGAAGCAAAUAUAACGAAUAGUAAAGAUUCUGCCUACGAAGCCAAACUAUUUGUCGUCCAUCCCAAAGCUUUGAGCUAUGUUUCGCUAAAAUCUGAUAAAAAUGUUCCGGGUCACGUCAAAUGUGUGUUCCACAAUGAAACGUUAGUUAGUUGUGAUAUUGGUAAUCCAUUUAAAGAAGGUAGCAAAUUGAACCUGAGACUGAAAUUCGAAAUUAGGAAAGACACCAAAGAUCAGGAGUUGAAGAUAGACAUGUUCGUGAAUUCGACUUCGAUAGAACUUUCAAAAGAAACCUCUCAGACAAUCAAUGUGAUAUUACGGAAAGUGGCAAAAUUCCAGAUCAGAGGCAAAGCAACCUCUAAUUUAUUCUACGGCGGUAAAAUCAUGGGAGAAUCGAGCAUAAACUAUUUGGAAGACAUAGGCGCCAGAGUUAUCCAUAAAUAUCAGAUCGAUAAUAAUGGGCAUUGGGAUAUGUUCGAUGUGAAAGUAAACAUCGAGUGGCCUUUGCAGGUUUCUCCAGGUCCUGGUGAAGGUAAUAGACCAGGAAAGUGGCUACUAUAUCUGGAAAGUGCCAUGGUUCACGGCAUCGCAAUUGAUGGUUACUGCGAACUACUUGGCAAUGCAAAGUUGAAUGAACUAAAUCUGAACAUGUCGAAGAGCGGCAUCGAAGAACCACCAGAAAAUUUGCUCUUGCCUAGCGAUUUUCCAAUGUCAACUGACGCGCCAAGUAGAAGAAGGAAGAGGAGCUUGAAUUAUGUUGUUCCAUAUCAAAUGACGAAAAAGAAUGGUCAAAAUCGUAAAGUAGUUGUUUUGGAGUGUUUGAAUGGAACGGCAAAGUGUAUAGAUAUAACGUGCACCAUCAAAAAGCUGAGCAGUGGUAACCAAGCUGACAUAGAUAUUCGAUCUCGAAUUUGGAACUCCACCCUUGUAGAGGAUUACUCCAAUGUUGACUGGGUUGUCAUUAGGUCGGACGCUUCUGUUGAAAUCGCAGACAAGAGGAGCGUCAGUAAAGAUUCCAUUACAUUUUUCUCGGCGGAGACAAUCGCAUAUCCAGAAAUCGUCGUUGCGGAUUCUGGGCUGAAUUGGAUCAUAAUCGGUGGCAGCGUUUUGAUUGGUCUACUGCUACUCAUACUGCUCGUAAUAAUAUUGUACAAAUGCGGUUUCUUCAAACGAAAACGAGUUACCGAUCCCACGUUAUCAGGAAACCUGCAGCGAAAAGAUGAAGAUGAAUCGUUACUUAAAUAACUGAUGGCAACGAAGUACUUAUCGGUGAUGAGGAUUAAGCAAGUGCUCCUUGAUAGAAAUGUGAUUUCAUACAUUGUUUUCCAUUUGCCUAUACCGUUUUGAAUGUUCUCAGCACUCGGAAUAUGGCCCAUCGAGAGAAUUUCUAACAGUUUGUUAUCGAAGAAGCGUUUCAUGAAUUGGUCAGAUUUGAGAGUCGAAAGAGCAGUUCACAUUGGACCAAUUCACUGAGUUUCAUUUUUAAUAAUUUUACCUUGAGGCAGCUAAUAAAAAUUGUUCCUUACAUUAUAUAUAUGAAGUGAAAUUUCUUUAGGUGACGUUUGGUAUUAUAUCUCAGAUUCGAAUUUAUCUAGAAAAUACGAGGACUGUUCAAGAGGUAAUGUUGAAUCUCUUCAGAAAAAAUAUAUUUCUUAUCAUAACGCUUUUUAUUGAAGAUCUCUCCUCAAAAGACGAGAUGAAAAUUAAUGAAGUCUCACUUUAAUAAUGUGGUUCCUGGCACGUUAGUUCUUACAACUUUCCAGUACUAGGAAAAUUGUGUUAUAACAACAUCCAAAAUACAAACAUAUUCUUCUAGAGAAAAUACUUACACCUUCAACAGCCUCAGCAUGAUUAAGAUUCUAAUUAAUAUUAUCAACAAAUAUUUCAGUUAAUGUGAAUAUCUAUAUUUACUUAACUAAAACCUACUUAGGAUAUCCGUGACUACUUCACUACAAGUGUAAGUCAUGUUGAGUGUUUUUACAAUUUUCCACAUAUAAGUCAAAUGUCCAAAAAGCAUGCAAAACGCUCAACUAUAAUAACUCAAAUAAUUAUAAUCCACAAAUGAACUGCCUGCACUUUCAGUAUAGCCAAAUGACCUCACGAAAUUCCCCCUACCUCAGGUAUCUGUUCCUCUAAAGUCUGCUGUAUUUUGUUACCACUUCUGUUACACCCCUGAAUUAACAUAACUUUUUGAACGUCCCUUGUAAGAUGUAAUUGAAAAAUAGCUGUAGAAAAACUUAAAAAUAGCAACAAAACUAGGGUCAAACAUGAUUUUAGUAAUAAUAAUAGUAAUAUGUCUUUAUUCACCUGAAGCUUUUUCAACAUUUUUAUUUUUACAAUAUCUUUUAUCGAUUCUCUGAUGGCUAUCAUCCCAGUGUCUUUUAAAUAGGUACUUAAGUUAGUUGUAUUGAUAAUUUUAUUUUUAUAGAAUAGUUAUGGACAGUGUGUUUAUUUUAUUACUUGCCUUUUCACUUUGUGAAAUUAGUUAAAGUUCAAUUAUAAUGGCAAUGAAGAAUGUAGGGCCAUUUCCAAAUCUUGUUUGUUUCACAUUUCCUAGCACCAUGAGCACACUAAAUCUGUAAAAUUUUCUUGCUUUGAGCUGUAAUUUCAUCAGUAGUACUAUUGUGGGUGCCAUAUAGAUCGAUUUGAAUCACAUGUGAUAUUGAGCCUUUAUAUAUUCCAAAUCUUUUUAUAUUCUGGUAAGCUUCAGGAAAUUUUUACUGAACACCCUGUACUAAUGUUAGGUAAGCACACUGAAGAAGGUGAAAGUUGAAGUAGUUGAAUCGUCCAAGCUGUUGAAAAAUUUUGUUGAUUGUUAGUUUUCUUUCCGAGGGGAGAAAACUAAAGCUUUUAUUUAUUUAUGAAUAGACUGUUUAUUUAAAAAA